UUUUAAUAGUAUUUAAAUAGAGUAUUGAUCUCGACUGCGAUAUGAAAACAAGCAAAGAAGUACCUUUACUAUUAACUAGAUCCCCUAGCAUAAUGAUGACGUCACCACUCGAGGAACAAAGAUGAAGAAAUGUUGACCCAAAAAAGAUUCCAACGAGAUCUGACAUUGUUCAGAUCUAUCGUUAUCGGCCUCCUGUCCGUGGCCUUGACCUACGGGCCGUUCUCCUCGCUCGGAGUCGGACGAGCAGCUCCAUCACAACUACCUCAACCUGUGCCUCUAGUAGCCCUCUCCGGUUGUGAGAACGACC